GAGUGCAAGUCGUGGACUCCGACCACGACGCUGUCGAAGCACGGCCACAUCGUGUCCGACCCUCUCGCCCCGUUGGAGACAGAGGCGGCCCGGUUUGCAGGUCUCUGGCAGGCGGACAAGGAGCCAGACGCCAUCGACAAGCCGCUGGAGAUCCUUGAGCCUCUCGAUAUCCUCACGCCCGAUGAUAUUCGUAAGGUUAGUCGCUCUUAUUCUACCUCCGCGGCCUUCUCGGUGGAUUGGUUCCACAUGCGCCAUUGCGCCGGCAUGUCCGACGGCUGCCUAGAG